AACGUCACCUCUUUAUCUUUUCUCUUUUUCUCUUCACUAAUUUGCUGAUGUAAUUUGUCUGCAAAUUCCUUUCCAUUGAAUCCAUUUUUCAAAUUUAUCUCUAUAAAUUACAUUUGUUUCAACGGCGGGAGAAGAGGAAAGAAAAUCACUUGAUUUCACCCUGAAAAUUUCCCGGAAAACAGCUUUCUUGGCGAAAAUUUUGGUUUCUUCGGAAUUCUCGCACAGCUGGAAAAAUACUUGGUUGGUUAUGUUCUUUGAGUGAAAAGACUAAAAGGGUUUCUUUUUUUUUUUUUUUCUCGUUCUGAAAGAAUGGCAUGAAGAUCGGAGAAGAUGAUCAUGGGCUUGUGUGAACAUGUGAAGACUGGAGCCUUAUUACAAGUGGCUUUCUGGGGUUUUGAACUUUGAUGAUCUUUAGGUUAAAGUGAUCAGGGUUUUGUGGAUAGGCGAUCAAAGCUUCUGCUUGCCAUGUAUGCUGAAUGUAUUGUGACCUUUUGGUGAUCACAGGUCUAAUUUCUUCUUGAUCCAAUUUGAAAUUAUGUUUUUUAUUGUCUUCAGCAAGUCAGUUUCCAAAUAAUACAAACAAUAAAACAUUAUGGUAGCAAAAGGACAUCAAAAUAGUACAGACUCACCUAAGGCGGAGGUGGGAGAGAUAGACACUAGUGCACCUUUUCAAUCUGUUAAAGAUGCUGUAACUCUCUUUGGUGAGGGUGCUUUCUCAGGGGAAAAACCUGCCAUCAGGAAGGUGACACCUCACUCUGCAGAGAGAGUAUUGGCCAAGGAGACUCGACUUCACUUGGCCCAGAAUGAGCUGAACAAGUUAAAGGACCAACUCAAAAAUGCCGAGAAUACCAAGGCCCAAGCACUUGUUGAGCUUGAAAAGGCUAAAAAAACAGUUGAUGAUCUCAACAACAAACUCAAAGUCAUUAAUGAAUCCAAGGAUUUGGCAAUUAAGGCAAAAGAAGCUGCCAAGAAUCAGGCAAAGCAGAUUGAGGAAUCAAACAGUGGCAACCCUGCGGGAUCUAAAGGUGAUAGGGACCAGGGCUUGGAAACUGCAAGGGAAGAGUAUAUGAAUGUGGUUAAUGAACUGGAUGCUGCAAAACAAGAAUUGAGGAAGUUUCGUCAGGACUGUGAGGCAACCUUGGAGGCAAAAGUCACUGCCUUCAAUCUUGCAGCUGAAGCUGAAAAUGCUGCCAAAGCAAACAUGGAGAGAGUUAAUGAGCUCUCAAAGGAAAUCUCUGAUGUGCAGGAAUCAAUUGGGCAAGUGAAGCUUGCAACUGAGCAAGCACAGCAAGAGCAUGCAAAAAUAUUUACUGACAAGGAUGUUCAGAAGCAGUCAUAUAAAGCAGGUUUGGAAGAGUUGGCCAAGAAAUUGAAUACUUUGAAGAAUCAGUUUGAUCCUGAACUCACCAAGAACCUUGAAACACAAUUGACUAAAACAAUGGAUGAGGUUGCAGCUCUGCAGAAGCAGAUGGAAAACGCAAAGGCUUCAGAUUUAGAUUCUGUGCGAACUGUCACUUUGGAGUUGGAUGAUGCAAAGGGGUCUCUGCAGAAAGUAGUGGAAGAGGAAAGCUCCUUGCGAAACUUGGUGGAGUCUUUGAAGCAGGAGCUUGAGAAUGUGAAGAAAGAGCAUACUGAACUGAAGGCGAAGGAAGCUGAAACAGAAUCUCUUGCUGGGAACCUGCAUGUCAAACUCCGUAAAGCUAAGUCUGAGCUUGAAGCAUGCGUUGCGGAGGAAUCUAAAGUAAGAGGUGCUUCUGAAGAAAUUACCUCAACGCUUAAACAACUAUCACUGGAAACAGAAAAUGCAAAACAAGAAGCUGAAGAUAUGAAGAGCAGAGCUAAGGAGUUGAAGAAUGAAGCUGAAGCCACCAAAAUUGCGCUUGAAGAUGCAGAGAAGAAGUUGAAAGCUGCUCUGGAAGAAGCUGAAGAAGCAAAAGCAGCAGAGGCAAUGGCCCUUGAUCAGAUUAAGGCCUUGUCGGAGAGAGCUAAUGCUGCACGAGCAACAACUUCUGAGUCUGGUGCUAAAAUAACAAUCUCUAGAGAAGAAUUUGAGUCAUUAAGCCGUAAACUUGAAGAGUCUGAAACAUUAGCAGAAAUGAAAGUGGCUGCUGCUGUGGCCCAGGUGGAAGCUGUGAAGGCUAGCGAAAAUGAGGCCCUGAAGAGGUUAGAGGCAACUGAGAAGGAGAUUCAGCACAUGAAGGCUGCCACUGAAGAGGCUUUAAAGAGGGCAGAGAUGGCUGAAGCAGCCAGGAGGGCAGUUGAGGGAGAGCUCCGGAGGUGGCAGGAACGGGAACAAAAGAAGGCAGCUGAAGCUGCAGCUCGGAUUCUUGCAGAAACAGAGAUGUCAUCACAGGCAUCUCCACACCACCAUCGGGUUCCAAAGCAUAAUUCAUCAGAGAAAUUUAUUGAAGUUCGAAAGAUGGAAAAAAACAAGACAUUGUCUAAAAAAACUCUCAUACCGAAUAUCAGCUUCUUUCAUAGGAAAAAAAACCACGUUGAAGGUGGGUCACCAUCUUAUCUUCCUGGUGAAAAACCUGUAUGACAUUUGUGUUUACCAGACCUUUGUGUGAUUAGGUAUGGUUCAAGGAAAAACAGCUUUAAGCCCUUGGUUGUUUGUACAUGUGAGGCCACUGGAAUCAGGUUUCUAUUAUUUAGUCUGUUUGAGAGAGAAAGAGUUGCCACAAGAUGAGAUUGGUAGCACCUUCUCAAAAGAGCUGAUCUUUCACUACUAAGCUCAUUUGAAUAUGAUCUUCUUUUGUAAGAUUAUGGAAGUGUGAUCUUGUAAAUGGAUAUUCAUUGAUUCAAAUUUUGCCCCAUUAAUAAGCUUUGUUAUGGCUUUGCAAUUUUA